AUGUCAGUGAGCAGCCCUGUUCAGCAAACACCCAGUCGCAAUCCUGGCACUAAAAUCCCCAAUGUCCGUACUAAAAAGGGAUUGUCUUAUGUGAUUGGAAACACUAGCAAUAAAGAUAAUCAUAUUCUUCCUAUCAAUGCAAUACAGUAUUCUUCACAAACCAAUCAGUUGUUUACGGCAGGACGGGAUGGUACAGUAAAAGUAUGGGAACAUGGCACUGCCUCCACCACCACCACCACCACCACCACCAACAACAAUGGAGGCAUACCCGUUGAGUUUUCUACCAGCUAUAGCAGUAGUGAUGACAAUGGUGAAGAUGUGGAGUACCAAGAUUUGGACGAGAGGUUGUUGCGACUAGAAACGGCCAUUUCUUCCCACCCGUUGCCGUACAACUCACAUUCAUUAUCAACAACAUUUUCAAUUGUCAAUAGUUUCAACCAUCACUUUGACUGGAUCAACGAUAUAAAGUUGAUUAACCAUGAUCAGAAUCUUGUUUCUUGUUCAGCAGACUUGUCUAUCAAGAUUAUUGAUUUGAAUUGUGAAAGCCACAAUACCCAUGCAUACCAUUUGAGUAACAAUUCCUCGUCAAUUCAUAAGUUUCCUAACGUUCAUACCGACUAUAUCAAGAAACUUUCAUAUUCAGAUAACCAAUCAAAUCAUAUAAUUAGUGGUGGUUUAGAUGGAAGAGUUGUCAUUUGGGAUUUGACUCAAUAUACUCCGAUUCAACAUUUUGAAAAUACAGCAAUUGGUAACUUACCUAGUUCAAUUUAUUCCCUUGCUAAUGACAAUGCCCAUAUCAUCACUACGGGAGGGCCAAAUAACACUAUUAAUGUAUUUGAUCCAAGAUUGCAAAAUCCAUUCAUUAGAAAGUUGAUUGGUCACCAAGAUAACAUUAGAUGUUUGUUGAUGAAUGACCAUUUUAUAUUGAGCGGAUCUUCAGAUACCACUAUCAAAUUGUGGGAUUUACGAACAUUUAAAGUUUACAAGAAUUUUGAUAUUCAUGAGUAUCCCGUAUGGGCCAUGGCUGUGGAUCCUACUGCCAGUGGAUUCUCGCGAUUUUAUUCUGGGGAUAAAGGUGGUAAUAUAAUAAAGACUGACUUGUCAUGUUUGUCCACACACAUUAAACCCGAUGAAAUCUUCAAUUACGAUAUGUUUUCUUCAAGUGAGCAAGCAUUGCUUGAUGAGAAAUUGGGUGUGUCAACGGUGGUUGCGAAAAGCGAUACUCCGAUCUUGUCUUUAUGUGCCGAGACCAAAGAAUCUACUUUAUUCAGUUCGAAUUAUGAAUCAUUAAACAGAUAUGUUGAUCCAAACACUUCACAGCUUUCUCAAUACCAAUACAUGCGCAGCUACAUUGAUUACUCCAUCAACCGAGAAAAUCAACUCAAGGAUGAAUUAGCUAGUGGAUUGGUUUCCGAUAAUGCCACCGUGCACACGGGACAGGGUCCACAAAGUGAUGAUUUGAAUUCGGAUUUUUAUGAUUUGAUUAGUCAUUUGUCAAUGGAUACCACAGAAAUUCAAUCCACCUUUUCACACCAUAAUCAUUUCGCCGAUAGUGCGUCUUCAUCUGGUCCAGGAACGCCCUUACUUGCUCGUCACGAUAAUAAUGGUGAUGAUGAUGAGGAUGGCCAAGAUGGAAACAAGGAUGAAGAAUACAAUUCAAUGUUUUUGAAUGUCAAUGGUGGCCCAUCGCGAGAGUUUAUCAAUGCAUUCAAGGAGGAAUUUGAGUUUGACGGGAUGAAUAUACAUACGGUUUCAACCGCCCAGACUAAUGAGUUUGUUGAUGUGACUCCCGUGGAGAUUUUACUUAAUCCAGUUGGAUCAGAUCAGAUAACGUUGGUUCCAUUUAAUAUCAAACCGCUUGCCCAAGUUUGUCUUCAUCCGAAAAGUGUGGUUUCCAAACGUGUGUUUGACAACAAGCGACAUUUAAUGGUUUGUUAUGCCAAUGGUGACUUGAAGAUCUGGGACUUGUUGGUGUGUAAAGAGCUCCAUUAUUUCCCAGGGAAAAAGAAUGAUGUGAUGUUGAGUCAUAAGGAGCUUGAAGACCGGGUCAAGGAAAUGGAUGAAAUAUUCCAAAAGUAUCAAACAAAUGAUACGUUGAAUAAUUGGUGUGAGGUUGAGAUUAAAGCUGGGAAGAUAUUGGUUACCCUUAUGGAAAGCUCAUUUAUGAAUGCUGAGAUUUAUUACGAUGAAUUGUGUAGUGAAUAUCCAUACCUUGAAGUUUCUCAUCCUGAUCAGGCCAAGAGGUUUAAAGAAGUUCGCAAGGUAAAGGUUGCUUCGGAUGAUCGAUUUCAGAUUGCUUCUAUUUUGUUGAAUUCAUUCUUUUACGGGUUUGCCAUUUAUGAAUGGAAAUUCGACGUUUUGCUACGUGAAGAAUUGCGCACGGCUCAUAAAACCAAUGGCAGUACUGACAGUGACACCGGGUCAAUCACCGGUAGUUUAAGGCUAUUGAAGAAACUCGGAAGGAUAUCCUCCAAGAGUAAUCUUGCCACUGUGUCUCGCUCGGGUACACCCACGGCGUCGGCCAAUGUCAGUGUCAGUGAUUUGAAUGUCAACCCCAACUAUCCCAUGAAUGAGUUUAUCGAAGGCAAUCAUAAGUCUCACAGUGAGUUUGACACCUCGUUGAUGAAGCUAUUACAAACCAACCGAAGAUUAUAUUCUGAUCGUCUUAAUGCUCCUACUUAUAACAAUAAGAAGUUGGAAACCGUUAUGGGUGUCAAUAAGAUUCAUCCUGCGGUCGAUGAAGAGGAUCUGAAGGGGGAAGUGCAGUAUCAUCCCGUGAUAAACUCGAAACGGUUCCCGUCGGACUUGUUGCUUAUUAUCUUUGAGCACUCGCCGGAAUUGGGUAACUAUCGAGACUUGUUUAGUUUUCUGUUUUGUGAUGUGGACAAGUUGAGCCGUGACGAUGAAAGUUUGGAUACCCAAUUUAUCAAGGAUUUACGGUUCUAUUUACCUCGAUGGUUGGCGCAACCUAUUAUUUACAAUAAGUAUCCUGUCAAGGAGGCUCCAAAAGUUGCAUUUACUCUUGUGGAAUUUGAUUACUCGAAGCUUCCACCGACGGUUAAAAUCGGCGGCAAGUCGCAAAAGAAGAUCAAGAAGUUACCAGCAAUCGAAGGGUCGAAUAAGUUGACAUCGCAUAACAUGUUGCGAGUGAGUAAAAUAUUGGGAUACUUGGUAGAAAAGUUUGAUUCCAAGACUUCUGAGAUGAAGGAGAAGGAUAAGCGCGAUGAUAAUGCCAAGUAUGCUUGGGAUUGGUUGGUGUUGGAAUGUAAGGGACAGCAGUUGCCUUACAACAUGACGUUGCAAACUAUCAAGACCAAGAUUUGGAAGAGUAGUAGUGAUGUUGAAUUAAGGUAUCGUAGGAAGUUUGAUGUAUAG